AUGGACGGUGAGGCCUUGUGGGCUCUGCCUGUCAUGUGGUCUAUGACGGGACUCGUUUUCUUGUUCCUUCUUCUACGUUUUUAUAUGCGCGUAGUUUGCCUCUCAUCAUACGGACUUGAUGACCAAAUCUACGUUGCCGCGUUUGUUUUUCUUCUUAUCUUCAACAUAUUCACACACCUAGCAGCCAACCAUGGUUUCGGACAAACACCGGACGAGAUCGGAAACAUUGAGGAUGUCGUUCGAGCUACUCUGUUCGAAUGCAUUGGCCAAGGUUUCGCCAUCGUGGGGAUGGCCAUUGCGAAGUGGUCCAUGGGCUUUUUCCUGCUGCGAAUAGUUACACUCGGGUGGCACAAGGUGGCUAUUUGGACAGCAAUGGUCCUUGCCCUUUGUUUUUGGCUGUCAUGCGUGCCCUUUGACUACAUGUACGAUCGCAGAAUCGAGGGAGGAUACUGCCCCAUUGAUACGAGGCCGACUUUGUAUAUUCUGUGUGUGUCUACAAUUCUUGUCGACACUUUUUUCGCGAUAUUCCCUUGGGUGUUUAUCUGGAAGUUACAGAUGCCAAAACGCGACAAGAUCACUAUCGCGGCGAGUAUGAGUUUCGGGCUUUUUGCCGCAGCAGCAGGUAUCAAGCGUACUGUCGAAGUAGAGGGCCUCUAUACGGCAAAUUACCUGAGAGACAGUGUGGGGUUGAUUGUCUGGUCAGCUGCCGAGAUGGCUAUUACAAUGAUCUGCGUUGGCAUACCCGUUUGCCGGCCGCUUUACAAGCGUCUCUUUUAUCGAUUCACGUCCGAGAAUGCUAACUCAGGAUACCAAAAACAAAACGAAGAACGGUCCUCUUCGGUCCCGCUCCGCACGAUUGGCGGCGGGUUGGUCGGCGGAGACGGUCGCCCUCUGCCUCAGAGCAAGACAGACACCACCAACAGGUCGGACACUGAUGAUCUAAGCUUCAAGGACACUUCACUUGGCAUUAAAGGGUCCUCCACUCGCACACAAGUCAGCAGAGGCGAUAUACAGAUGGAGAACACUUCGGAUGAAGAGAUUUUGGGGGAGGAGUUCCGAAGAAGCCAAGUCAUGCAGACGGAGGGACGUCAUUAUGAUAGGCAUGGCGAACAAGAACCCAGACUUGGUAGCAUACUCGUGACAGAGACUUACAACGUCGAUCGGUCGUAA